UUGGAAAUUGGUUCUCCGAACUAUGUUUGAGUCUGGGAGGCGGAGACCUACGCUUCCAAUGCCUUAGACUCUCUUCAUUAUCGAUUUAACGCUCCAGCCAACAGCUCGCUGGCCUAAAGAAAUCAGCGUCUGGGAUACUUUCGGUGGACUAUCAGCCAUCCUGAACCUAUCGCUCUGACAGCGAGAAAGACGACAAGAAAGAUAAAAAGGCCCAUCCAACUCGGGCAGAUCUCCAGUAGACUCGCUGAAGUCUCUUUGGCACCCGGCCCACAUGACCGAGCAAUGCAGCGGCCGUGAGCAGCACACCAAUCCUUGUGUUCUUGGUUGAAACAAGAUGUCAUCAGCAACAGGAGUUGCAGCGUCUAGCAAUACCAGCAGAGAGAAAACAUAUAAAAAGACAACCUCAUCGACUCUGAAAGGAGCCAUCCAGCUGGGCAUCGGUUACACUGUGGGAAACCUAUCCUCAAAACCCGACCGAGAUGUUCUCAUGCAGGACUUCUACGUGGUGGAGAGUGUGUUCCUGCCCAGUGAGGGGAGCAACCUCACCCCAGCGCAUCACUACUCGGACUUCCGCUUCAAGACAUACGCACCGCUGGCCUUCCGGUACUUCCGAGAGCUCUUCGGAAUCAAGCCGGACGAUUACCUGUACUCUAUCUGCAAGGAGCCUUUGAUCGAACUGUCCAACCCUGGAGCCAGUGGCUCUCUCUUCUACCUGACCAGUGAUGACGAGUUCAUUAUCAAAACUGUCCAGCACAAAGAAGCAGAGUUCCUGCAGAAGCUCCUCCCAGGCUACUACAUGAAUCUGAACCAGAACCCCCGGACCCUCCUGCCCAAGUUCUAUGGGCUGUACUGCGUGCAGUCGGGCGGGAUCAACAUCCGCCUGGUGGUCAUGAACAACGUGCUGCCACGGUCUCUGCGCAUGCACUACAAAUACGACCUGAAAGGCUCCACGUACAAGCGGCGGGCCUCACGCAAGGAGCGGGAGAAGACCUGCCCCACCUACAAGGACCUGGACUUCCAGGACAUGCAUGAGGGCCUGUACUUUGACACGGAGACGUACAACGCCCUGAUAAAGACCCUGCAGCGAGACUGCCGGGUGCUGGAGAGCUUUAAAAUCAUGGACUACAGUCUGCUGCUUGGGGUUCACGUGCUGGAUCAGAACCCCCGAGAUGGAGAGAUGGUUGGAGGAGAUGGUAAGAGGCCCCUGGGCCAGAAGGUCCUCUACUCCACCGCCAUGGAGUCCAUCCAGGGGGAAGGCAGGGCCGCCGAGGCCGUCUCCUCUGAUGCCACAAUGGGAGGAAUCCCAGCCAGGACACACCGGGACGAGAAGCUGCUGAUUUUCUUGGGCAUUAUUGACAUCCUACAGUCUUACAGGUUUAUCAAGAAGCUCGAGCACUCUUGGAAAGCGCUCGUGUACGAUGGUGAUACGGUGUCUGUGCACAGGCCGGGCUUCUACGCAAACCGAUUUCUCAAGUUCAUGAGCACCAGCGUGUUCCGGAAGAUACCGACAAACCGUUUCUCCCCAUCUAAGAGGGCACGUAACUCCAUCCAUGCGCUCAAAUCCUCCUCUCAGGAGUUACUGUCUUCCCAAAAGGACGAGAAGCCCGAGGACAGGAUUGGGAGGCUUGGUGGGUCCCGCAGUCUAGCCAGCCUGGAUGGCCAAGUCUUUGGCUCUUACCAGCGCUCCCCACUGGACCCUGUGAUUCCCUCUGUAGCCGAGGCUUUCUCCUUGGACACGGCUGCCUCCUCGUCUUCCAUGUUCGCCAGUGGCAGAUCAAAUGACAGAUGUGCCAUCAGCUCCUGCUCUACCUUCACGCUGGAGGACAGCGCCAUCUGCCUGACGUCUGAGCAAAGCACGGUGGACAUGGACAGGGACGACAUCUCUGUGCUCGACAUCUAUUUAUAAGUGAAUGCAUGAAGUGGUCUUCAUAGUCUUCCUCAUCACCCUUCAUCACUCACUCACUUUGCGGGCACCUUUCCCCUGGGACUUCACCGCUCCGAGUCCUACUGACAAAAGACCGGAGAGUCAUUCCACCGCGUGAGCGCCAGCGGAAGGACGGCAGCGGGAGGGGCUUUGCCAACAGACCCGUCGACCCGGGUCUGCUACCUGGGGCCACGGCUCCUCGCGGGCCUCGUUACAGAGGACGCACAUCUCGUGUGUCAACUGCUGCUUGAUCAGUGAGGGCCUGCUCGAGCAAGCAGCUCUGAUAUCUGAUCUGAAGAUAGCCAUGACUUCACACGUGAAAUGUCAAUAUUUUUUGAAGAAAUGCAAGGACAAAACAGCAAAAUGCCAUGGCGGUUUAUAUUCCUUUCGUUCAUUCCUCUGUUUGUACCUCAGCUAGCAGACUAGAUUCACCAUUUGAUGACUCAAAGUUUUGGUAUCGCUUGGGAGUAACGUUACUCCUGAGCGUCCAGGUUUUCAUAAAUGAUACAAAGAACUUUCACUCAGUAGGUAACAGAAUCAAAUGACAUUGUCGUCUGAAUUCAGAGGAAACGUGUGCCGAGACCUUCUACAAUCUUAUCAACACUGAAAAAUAACUUAUAGAUGUGCUUUGUGCCACGUUUUGCAGUGGUGGUGCUUGGUCAUAACUCGAUGUUUAAAAUCAACUUCUGAUCGUUACACAUACCAGUCCAGAUGUCUUUGUGUUUAAACGUGUGCAAUUUUUGGAAUGUCUGAAAAUGAAGGACUUUUGCUAAUGUGUAGAUACAGAAAGUAUAUUUUGUGAGGGGUUGAGAGGGAUUCAAGUAUAAAUGCAUUCUGAUGCCAGAUCUGUUUCAAACUGAAGCAUACUGUCACAUACUUAAUAUUACAUGACAGUGUGCUUCAGUUUAACACAAUGUUUAGUGAUCAGUAAGAACUUUUAAAUAUUAUUGCACAUUUGUUGGUUUUGAGACAGUAAUUUAUUAAAUCACAAUCAAUAAACACUGUAUAUUGUACA